AUGAAAAAGAGAGUAGUAAGAUUGGUAGAUGGGUUGAGUUAAGUGAUUAAUUUUUGGCGUUUUAUUUAUCCUGGUGAAUACAAAAAUGGUAAAAAGAUUGUUAGAUGGGAUAUUUUAUGGAGAUAAUAUCACAGUUAACCAUUCUAAUUGAUGUAAUAUAGUAUAAAAUAUAUAGUGGUGGUGGAACUUAUGAUUAGAACAUGGAAAAUGAUGUAAAGAUUUGA